AUGGUAUUUGGCCUUGUGUUUUCUGAUAUUUACAAAGUCAGGAGUAUGGAAGACGAUCAUGAUAGGAGUUGGAUGUACAAUCGUCUAACUGAUAGAAGACAACUAACUCGAGCAUUCUUGGAGGGUUUGGAAACGUUCAUCCAAUUUGCUCUGGAGCAAAUAGGUACAUCAAGUAACGUUAUCAGUUGUCCGUGUGUGAAAUGUAAGUGUUUUAAAUUUCAAACGCCGGACAAAGUCAGGGAGCAUCUGUGUAGAUGGGGCUUCAUGCCGGACUAUGAAUGUUGGCAUAUCCAUGGGGAAAUUCAGCAGGCACAUGCUAUUCCAGGAGGUUAUUAUGGGGAAACUAGUCAGCGACACAACCUCAACGAAUAUGAACAAUUGGUUAUGGAUGCUGCGGGACCGUUGAUUGGGCAAAAUUUUGAACCCGAUACUCAUGUCGAACCAUCCUACAUGGCAGAGGAUCCUAAUCCGGAAGCGGAAAAGUUUUACAACAUACUUCAAGAUGCUCAACGUCCAUUAUGGGAAGGUUGUGAACAUAUUCAACAUACUGAACAUACAACGCUAUCAGCAACCCUAGCAACACUACAGUUGAAGAGUGAUCACCAUAUGAGUGAGUCUGCUUACAACGGCUGGAUGCAGCUCAUGCGUCAGGUUGUUCCUAAAGACAAUAACUUGGCGAAGGAUUUUUACCAAGCAAAGAAAAAGGUGAAAGAGCUUGGGCUCGGAUGCACAAAGAUUCAUUGCUGCCCCAAAGGAUGUAUGCUAUAUUACGGUGAUUACAUUGAGCGCACCAAAUGUGAGUUUUGUAAGCAUGACAGGUACAAAGUUGUGAGGGACGGAAGGAAAACGACACGUGAAGCCUAUAGCAAGAUGUGGUACUUUCCUCUUGUGCCUAGACUUAAAAGAUUGUAUGCUUCCGAACAAACAGCUUGUCACAUGAGAUGGCACCGUGAGCAUUGUAGGGAUGAAAAAUAUGUGACGCAUCCAUCAGAAGCCGAAGCUUGGGUUCAUUUUGAUGAGGCGAAUCCUUUGUUUGCAGCUGAGCCACGUAAUGUGCGUAUUGGUUUAUGUUCGGAUGGGUUUGCUCCUUUCAAUCAGACGGGUAGGAAUUAUUCUUGUUGGCCCGUCAUUGUGACGCCGUAUAAUCUCCCACCUUGGAUGUGCAUGAGAAGAGAGUUUUUAUUUUUAACGGCAUUAAUUCCUGGACCUUACAAUCCAAAAAAGAAGAUAGAUGUAUAUCUAAGGCCUCUGAUAGACGAGCUGAACAUGUUAUGGAGUGCAGGGGUUCUGACAUAUGAUGUAUCGUUGAGGCAGAAUUUCACCAUGCGGGCUGCCUUGAUGUGGACAAUAAAUGAUUUUCCAGCAUAUGGGAUGUUGAGCGAAUGGCAGACAUCGGGGAAGCUUGCAUGUCCGGUAUGUUUGGAACAAAAUAAGGGUUUUAGCUUGCAACACAGUCACAAGGUGUGUUGGUUUGACACUCAUCGACGAUUCCUGCCACUCGAUCACCCAUAUAGGGGAAAUAAAAAAGGUGUGUUUUGCAAUAUUUUAUAUACUGUGAUGGACACCAAGGGAAAGACGAAGGACACUGUAAAUGCAAGAUUGGACGUAAAGGCGAUUUGCAGAAGACCUGGUUUAAAUUUGGUUGAAACUCCAACCGGGCGGACUUUGAAACCUCAAGCGCCGUACACACUGAAUAAAGUCCAGAAUUUAGAAAUGUUGCGCUGGGUUAAGGAUUUUAAAUUCCCAGAUGGUUAUGCAUCGAAGUUGUCAGGGUGUGUUGACAUGAACGGGGCAAAGUUAUUCGGUAUGAAGAGUCAUGAUUGUCAUGUUUUCUUUCAGAGAUUGUUGCUGUGGGCUUUCAAAGCAUUACCGAAGAAAGUGUGGAGUGUAUUGACCGAACUUUCAAUGUUCUUUAGAGAAAUUUGUGCUUCUCAACUUAAUGUUGAAAGGUUAAGACAUCUGGAGUCGAGCGUGCCAACACUACUAUGCAAAUUAGAGAUGGUGUUUCCUCCUACGUUUUUUGACUCAAUGGAACAUUUGCCUGUUCACUUGGCCUAUGAAGCAAGGGUUGGAGGUCCACAACAAUAUAGAUGGAUGUAUCCAUUUGAAAGGUUUGUACGCACACUGAAGAUGAAGGUCAGUAACUUGAGGCAUGUUGAAGGAUCUAUCGCCGAAGCGUAUCUCGUUGAAGAGACUGGUAAAUUUGCAUCGUACUAUUAUCCUCCUGAAUGUAUAUCAACUUGGAGAGGAGUCCCUCGAAAUGAUGAUGGCGGUGAUACGAGUGGUCAGAUAUCGCUAUUUAAUUAUCCAGGCCGAUCUGUGGGAAGUCAAAGGGCAUCAAUUCUAGAGGGACGAGAUAAGAACGUUGCGGAGUGGUACAUUCUAAACAACUCAGCAGAGGUCGCUCCGUACAUAGAAAAAUUUUCCAAAUGGACACGUUCGAAUAAUCCUUUAUGGUCAGAUUCCGAAGUUGAUCAACACGUUACGUCUGAAUUUCCUCAAUGGUUUGAGGAGUACUUCAUACAAAACCAAUCGGUUGUCCAUGAUGUUGCAUAUAUUUUAUCAAGUGGAGCUGCAAGAUUUGUCACCCGAUUCAGAAAAUAUAUAGUCAACGGAUAUAGAUUUGCAACUGUAGAAGCGAAUCAAAAUAUGUCAUGUUGUAAUUAUGGUGUAUGUUGUCGAGGUGGGCAAGUCGACGGUGCUAAGGGCGAUUACUACGGGAAGUUAGUUGAUAUCAUUCUUUUGGAUUACAAGUUGGGCAAAUCGGUUACUCUCUUUAAAUGCGAUUGGUUUGAUAACACCUCACGUGGGACAAAAGUUGACCAGUAUGGAAAUGUUGAGGUCAAUUGGUCAAGGAGUUAUGCACUUGGCUACGACCCAUUUAUACUUGCUCAACAAGCGGAACAAGAUGAUGGGGAACAUGAAUUGCCUGUAAAUGUUGCAGAGGAUGAUGUGCCAAGCAAUCUUUUUGAUUCCACUGGAGAGUUAGAGUUAAUUCCUGUUAUAUUGGACAAUGAGGAAUCAGACGAUGACGAACAAGAUAUUUAUUCAGAUAGCGAGCCUGAAUUCGAUGAUUAUGAGAGUCCAGAGGAAGGUGGGCAAGAAGAAUUCGAAGAACAGGAAUCGAUCUCUAUGGUUCAUACGGAUGGGCGUACUGGUAGUGAUGGUAAUGUCGGUAGAGGUCGAGUUACAGGCCGUGGUGGCAGAGGAGGUAGGACGACAUCAUCUACCCCCUCUAGUAGAGGUCGUACAGCUUCCUCAUCCCUCCCUCCACUUCGGAUAGGAUCAUCACCAUCUACCACCGACUCUGUUAUGGCAAGUGCAGGACUUCCUCACACUCCCACUGACCCGAUGGGGCCGACACAGCUGGUUAAGUAA